AUGCCAAAAGUAACAAAAAGAAAAGUCAAUAAAAGUGAUGUACCUAAACGAAAUUCGAAAAAUAAUGAAGAAGAUACAACACUAAUGAUUACAGUUGUUAAUAAAACUGAUGAACCAAUAUCUACUAAAGGUAUUAAACGAAAAGCUUCGUCAUCAGUAGAAAAAAAUGUAAAAAAGACUUCAUCAAACAAUGAAAUAAAUUCAAUUGAACCAACUCAAGAAGUUGAUGAUGAUGCAGAAAUUCAAUUACCUACAACAAUGACAUUAAAAAAAUCUGAUCGUUUAUCAGCUAAAGGUAAUAAAGCAACAAUUAAACUUGCAUCAUGGAAUAUCAAUGGUAUUCGUGCAUGGUUAACGAAUGGUGGUUUAAAAUAUAUUGAACAAGAACAACCAGAUAUAAUGUGUUUUCAAGAAUUAAAAUGUGAUAAAGAUAAAAUUCCAAGUCAAGCAACACCAGCAGGUUAUAAAUCGUAUUGGCUUUCAGGCGAUACUGCUGGUUAUUCUGGUGUAGGUCUUUUAACAAAAAUCGAUCCAAUUGAUGUUAAAUUUGGUAUUGGUAUAGCUGAACAUGAUAAUGAAGGACGUGUUAUAACAGCUGAAUAUGAGAAAUUUUAUUUUAUUGUAUCAUAUAUACCAAAUAGUGGUCGUAAAUUAGUACGUUUAGAAUAUCGACAAGAAUUUAAUGAAGCAUUUAGAAAUUAUAUUAAAGAACUGGAUAAAAAGAAACCCGUGAUAUGGUAA